AAAAUACCAAACAGUUUUAUAUGAGAUAUCGUCGGAAUAAGAUUUGUUAAAACGGAAACAUUAAAAAAAUAAUUCAAUUAACAAAAAUUAAAAGAAAACAUAAUAUUUUGAAAAGAAAGUCAUAAAUUUUUGAUUUAAAAAGAAACAAAAAGUAACGGUUAAAAGUGAUUUGAAAAGAAAGUUAUUUAAAAGUUUAACAACGUUUCGUUUGCAAAAUAAGCUUAUUCAGUUUUUAUUCCAAACUGAAAUUUUCAAUUAAAAAAAGGAAUAAAAACGAACGUACGGAUAUUUUGUAUAAAAAGAAAAUUUUGCAAAAAGUGUUGUUUUAAAAAUUUUGUGGCAUUUUCAAUAACAAGAAAAAAUGUGUUAAACCAUUAAAAUUUUUAAAUAAAAAAAUAUAUAACAACCUGAAUAAAAACGCCGAACUGAAUUAAAACCUUUUAACUAAGAAAAUAAAAACAUUAUUUUUUGAAAAUAGAAAAAAAACAAAGUUUAAUUUACAACAAAAUUGCUUAAUUGUUAAAAUUUAUAAAAUUUUUAUUUGAAAGCAAAAAAAAAAAAUAGAAAGAAAACUGCUGGUGUUUCUACCGGGAAGUACUAGAUUAUUGUUAUAAAACAAAAUAAAGUAUUUUAAGUGUCCAUUUAUAUACUUAUUUAGUACUAAAGUGAAGUGGUACUUUUUUAUUGUACAACAACAAAAAAACUAAACAGAAAUAAAUUUACAAAAACAUUUUAUUAGACAAAUUGGCUGCUAAAUUGCAAUACAAGUCUGUAACAACUCUUAGUUGUUUUAUUUCAAAAUUGGAAUAUCAGUUAAGAGUUAAAAUCAAAAUGAAGGCUGAAGAAAAAACUGUCAUACCCAGAGUUCGUAUAGCAGUGAUUGGUAAUGCAGAUGUCGGCAAAUCCGCACUUACAGUACGUUAUCUGACAGGUCGUUUUAUAGGCGAAUAUCGCUCAAAUACAGAUUUGUUAUACAAUAAAACAAUAACAUUGGAGACAGGACUGACGGAAGUUGAAAUUGUUGAUGUUUAUGCCGGAAGUGUUGAUGGUGAUGAACAUGAAAAUGAAUUUCCCAUGGAACAAGUUUUAUGGUCAGAUGCCUGCAUGAUUGUCUAUAAUAUAACACAACGUAGCAGUUUUGAAUAUGCGAACAAAUGUUUGGCCGAAUUUAAAUCACUACAGAAUGCACCCACAGCAUAUUUGGUGGGGAAUAAGGCCGAUUUGGAUCAUUUGAGAGAGGUCCAGGAAAAAGAAGGUGCUGCUUUAGCGGCUGCCCAUUCGAUUGGCUUCUGUGAAGUUUCUGUAGCCGAGUAUACACCCACUUUAUAUAAAGCAUUCGAGAAGCUUAUAAUCGAUUCAAAGGCACGGCCACAAAAACAAAAUCGUAAAUUUUCCGUUAGUAAAAUGUUGGGCACACUUAUCGGCAAUAAUAGCUAUAAUCAAAAAACCAUGGCCAUUAAUCAGGGCACCGUAGUGCCCUGUCACAAAGGAGAAUUACACAAGUCAAGAGUUUUAAAAAGACGUCAGGGAUUUACGGCCACCACCAGUCUGUGACCAGCAGCAGCCAAUGAGGGCUGGUAAAUUGAGAAUAUAAAAUAACAACAACAACGUUAAAGCCAAAGAGUAAUAAGACGCCUAAGUAAACACAGGAGAUUUUUUUUUUGUUAGCGAUGGUCAUAAUUGAUUUUGCAAUUGUGAAUAAGCUAAAUUAGCAUUAAUUUUUUUAUAUAAAAAAAUAGAGUUUUAAGGAAAAAAAACAAAUUAAAAGAAACUAUUUUGUAGAUUUUUUAUAUAUUAACAAAUGAGGAAUUGAAAAGUUUUGAGAAGGAAAUAUUGAAGGAUUUUAAUGAAAUUAAAGUAACAAGUACUUGGUACUGUUUUAAUUAAUUUAAUAAUUAUUUUUGCUUAAUUUUAAGUCAAACAAACUCUACUCUACUCAUUUAAGAUAUUUUGUUUAAGUUAAACUUGU